UAGAAAUUGAACUGGCUUGAAAACAGCCAGCGUGUAAUUGAUGAAUAUAAGCGGUAAUUAACGGGGGGAGUUUUGUUUUGUUUUUUUUAAAUAACCUAAGAAAUUAGAUUAUUAUUAUUUUUUUUUCAAAUAAAAAUACUAGUAGUACGUACGUUUUGUAUUGCUAUUGGACCCGAUUCUCGGACUGAGAUCAUUAAUCUGCAGUUCUGUAUGUCUGGUUGUUCAAACUGGUGAGCGCUAAGAAAAUAAGGAAAUUCUGGUGAGCAGCUAAGAUUUAUUAGAAAGAAAAAGACAUGAGAAUAAAGACGGGCUGGGAAAUGUUACACGUGUAUGGAUAACGGGGCUGAGGACCGCUGAAGGAUACAAGAAACAUCUAAUCCGAGAAAAGAGACGAUGGACACAGCAGUCGAAGGACAGCGAACGCGAUGAGCCCUGGCGAUUCGCCUCUAGCCUUACAGAAUGUGCAGAGAUAUUACUAGUGGAGACCUGUAGUGGCAUCAUUAUUAACCAGGUUCGAGCAGACACGUUAUCCCGGCAAUCGGGCAACACUGAAGAUGAUGUACUCGUUCAGAAGAAAACCUGUGCUUUAUUUCAAGGAGGAAAACCGGUCCCGUCUGUUUUUCGGUGUCCUGUCCAGAAAGUGCUCCAUCUUCAAGCUCUUCUGUGUGUGCAUGGUGAUCGGCUUUGCCUCUCUGCUGUGGCUCCAGCUCAGCUGCUCUGGCGAGGUGCCCAGGAGGGUUGUUGAGGAUGGCACCCUGUCACGUCAGCCCUGCCUCCCAGAGAGACAGGCGAGCGCAACAGACGACCCUUCCUGGGGUCCUCACAAACUGGCCCUCCUCAUCCCUUUCAGAGAGCGCUUUGAGGAGCUCAUGGUCUUUGUGCCCUACAUGCACUCCUUCUUAAACAAGCUGAAAGUACGACACAAGAUCUUUGUGAUCAACCAGGUAGAUCAUUACAGAUUCAACCGAGCUUCCCUGAUAAACGCUGGAUUUCUGGAGAGUGGGAACGACACUGAUUACAUUGCCAUGCAUGAUGUGGACUUGCUGCCUCUCAAUGAGAAUUUGGACUAUGGCUUUCCAGAUCAGGGCCCGUUCCAUAUCGCGUCUCCAGAGCUGCACCCCCUGUACCACUACAAGACAUACGUGGGGGGGAUUCUGCUCCUCACCAAACAGCAUUACCAAAUGUGCAACGGGAUGUCGAACCGCUUCUGGGGCUGGGGCAGAGAGGACGACGAGUUCUACAGAAGAUUAAAAGCUGCAGGGCUGCAGCUCUUCAGGCCUACGGGAAUAACAACAGGGUACAAGACGUUCCGACACCUACACGACCCGGCAUGGAGGAAGAGGGACCAGAAGAGAGUGGCCUCACAGAAGCAGGAGCAGUUCAAAGUGGACAGAGAAGGGGGGCUGUCCAAGCUGCGAUACAGUGUGGACUCUAAAAGGGAGCUCACGAUCAGCGGGGCUCCGUGCACACUGAUCAAUAUCCUGCUGGACUGUGACCUCAACGACACCCCGUGGUGCCUGCUGAGCUGAUCAGAGGUGCAGAGCUCAGGAGAGCCUCCUAAUGCUGAGCACAUGAGGAAUCUCUUCUCUGUUAAUACAGGUCUGUGAAGAGUCGAUCCUGCUUGGAAUAGGAAGCUGGAAUAUAUACAGCCUGCUCAGAGCAGUGCAGUAUCGGAAUUGAUACAGUGAAUUAUUAUUAUUAUUAUUAUUAUUAUUAUUAUUAUUAUUAUUAUUAUUGAACCUGGAAAAUGUACAAUGUGCUUUUUAUGAUAGAAUAAUUCUGCCAGUGGAUGCUGAAUUAUGAAAUAUGCAUCAUGAACUUUUGACUUUGUUCUCAUGUUUUCCAAGGCAAUGCUCAAUGUGAACGUGUUUGUAUUUUAUUAAUUUUAUUGGGAGAUCAGAUCUAGAUUAAGCAGCUGUACUAGGGCACCAUGCUCUGCUUUAGAUGUUUUAUUAGCGAAUGGCUCUUUGUUCACAGCAGCAGGGAAUGACUACUCUGAAAGCCAGUGUGCACCCUUGCGAGCAAUGGGAUAAUCAAUGGACUUUCGUUAGGCUACAGACUGGUUGGAUGGUGUUCUGACUGUACUUGCACAAUAUUAAUGUAAAGCUAUACUGCAAAAACGCAAAGGUGCACAAACCGGUUUCUUAAAAGCUAUAGUUUUAUAUUAAACUCUGGACAAGACAUUGAACCAGCUGUUUUUUGGUAUGUGUCCCUCCUCUCUGAUGUCUGAUUUAGUAGUAUGAGCUGGUGGUGGAAGAGAGGCAUCAGAAAUGUGAAGAUUUCUGUAGGUGACAUUAAAAAGAAAAUCCUGGUGUGUUAUACAAUUGAUCCAGCUCCUGAAUGCAUUUCUGAUGAGUGACCCACAAAAUUGUGCAAACCCUUAUGCACAAAAUCUGCAUAGUCUUGCUGCAAACCCUUGUGCACAGAAUCAUCAUAGCCCUGCUGCAAACCCUUGUGCACAGAAUCAUCAUAGUCCUGCUGCAAACCCUUGUGCACAGAAUCAUCAUAGUCCUGCUGCAAACCCUUGUGCACAGAAUCAUCAUAGUCCUGCUGCAAACCCUUAUGCACAGAAUCAUCAUAGUCUUGCUGCAAACCCUUGUGCACAGAAUCAUCAUAGCCCUGCUGCAAACCCUUAUGCACAGAAUCAUCAUAGUCCUGCUGCAAACCCUUGUGCACAGAAUCAUCAUAGUCCUGCUGCAAACCCUUGUGCACAGAAUCAUCAUAGUCCUGCUGCAAACCCUUGUGCACAGAAUCAUCAUAGCCCUGCUGCAAACCCUUAUGCACAGAAUCUUCUUCAUAGUUCUGUUUUUUUUUUUUUUA